AUGAGCUCGUCGUCCCCAGACGAUCUCUCGACGCCCCCUGGGUCGCCCGACAUCGAUCCGUCCGGCGCAAGCGCCGCCAACUCCAACGGUCACGGCUCCACGAUCCACGUUCUUGGUGGUGCAGCACCACCGCCCGCACCCACGUCCGCCGCUAAAUUUAACAACACCACAACCACCUCUGCACCAGCCACCGCUGCGCCCAAGAAGCCGCGCAAAAAGCGCGAGCCUGCCGCCGCCGCCAAUGCAAACGCAAAUGGCGAGGAAAAGCCCAAGCGCGCUCCGCGCACCCGCGCACCCAAGGAUCCCAAUGCACCGCCGCCGCAGCGGAAGAAGCGCAAGACUGCAGCGGAGACGGCUGCUGCCGCAGCGGCAACGGCUCCCGCGCCGCCUCCCGCUCAUGCGCCUGAAGACAAACCCGCGCCGCCGCCGCCGCCGCAGCAGCAGCAGCACCAGCCCUCAGUCUCGCGGCAGCCUAAGAUCACUGACCUUGUGGGCACAAUUCCCGCCGCACCAUCUCCGCACAUAGCACCCAGCAACCCCGAACCCAUUCCCAACCCUGCUGUAGCUCAUGUCGUUGCUGCAACUGCGCCCAACCCACGCCCGGCUUCGAGCGGUCAGCUGUAUGACCCAAUUCGCUCGUCCACUGUUCCUGUGACCCAGAACCACCAUUCGAGCAGCCUCCCGCCUGUCUCCCCGCCUGCACGCGUUGUCAACCGUGCCAGUGCGUCGCCUUCUAUCAACAGUCUCAUCGACCCGCCUUCCAUAACAAACCAAACCCACCUCACGCAACAAAAUCGCUUCCAACCGCCCAUGUCCGUCACUUCUGCACCUGCGUCGCCCGCACCUAUCCAAUCCAAGCCAAAUCCAUUUGGUCCUCCAAGUGAGACAACGCAAAUGUCUAAGCCUCCUCCAAUGAACGCAACACCUAUGGAGGGCGUCGAACACCACCAGCAACUGCCACCGUCGACGCAUCAGCAGCAACAGCCGACGCAAUCGCCCUAUCCUCCCGCUCAACUGCAACAGCCGCCCCAGUCCCAGCCACAAAUGCAGCCGAACCUGCAACCUGUGCCGGCGCCGAAGAAGGCGGAAUCUGCUGGGUCGUCUGGUGCGCCAACUCCGCCUGCACCACAGAAGUCCAAGCCCAAAGAAGCCGCACCGCCUCCUCCACUCCCAGGCGGCAGUGGUCUGCUUUCUAGCGUGCCUUUCGUUGGCGCCGCCUCCGGAAAAGGGUCAUCUACCGAAGGCACCAAUAUUUGGCUUACUUUUCCACUCAAGGGCCAGACCAACGUCACUAUCAACUUUGCACGUGAGGUCGAGAAGAAGUAUGGCUUCGCUGCCCUUCACCCGCGUGUUGCUGCUGCACGGGAGAGGAGACGUCAAAUGGCGGCCGCAGCCGCUGCUCUGGAAAGGGGUUCAGGUGCCGCGUCUGCUGACGAUAUGUCCGUCGACCUCUCGGAGCCUGAGAGUAACGUGGAGAUGGGUGGCAUGGAAGAUGACCUCACGCAAGAGGGAAAGAAGAGGCAACGGAAGAAGAAGGUUGAGGACUACGACAAGGAUGACGACUUCAUUGACGACACCGAGCUCGCAUGGGAGCAGUCUGCCCUCAUGGCCAAGGACGGUUUCUUCGUAUACAGUGGCCCUCUCCUCACGGAAGGAGAGAAGCCCACUGUUGAGAGGUCGGAUGGCAGUGUUGCACGUGGCCGUGGCAGGGGCCGUGGCAGAGGUGGGGCCACUCGGGGAGACACUGCUGCUUCUAAGACCCGUGGAGGAGGUCGUGGCUCUCGUGGGGGCCUGACUACGCGCAAGCCUCGUGUCACCAAAGCUGAUCGCGCCAUGAUGGAGGCGGAGAAGCUGGAGCGUGAGAAGAUGGCAGCGAAUCUAGCUGCGAAACCCGUGGCACCAUAUCCUGGAACUGUUUCCUAA